CACUUCCCACUUCACCUUUGGCGCUCUUUCACACGGAGCCGGCCAUCAUUAGCAAGCUCGAAGCAGCAAGUUUGCAGUCAAGUUUGGUAUUUGUUUACUGAUAACUUGCAUUAAUCAAUUAAUAAAUUUGUGUAGUUUGGUGUUGGUAGAGUCUUAUUUUCACUUAGAAUCUUCCACAAAAUCUAGUAAAAAUGGGUGAUGAGAAAAAGUCUAACGAAGCUGAACACAUCAACUUGAAGGUACUCGGUCAGGAUAAUGCUGUAGUUCAAUUCAAAAUCAAGAGACAUACUCCUUUGAGGAAACUGAUGACAGCUUACUGUGAGCGUGCUGGUAUCAGCACGCAGGUAGUACGAUUCCGAUUCGAUGGGAACCCAAUAAACGAUACCGAUACCCCAACCACAUUAGACAUGGAAGAAGGAGAUACCAUUGAAGUAUACCAACAGCAAACUGGUGGACACUGUUAAAUAUGCUUUUAAAAGUAAACUACCUUAAUAUUAUUCUGUCUUAAUGUUAAUGUCUUUAAAAUUAAAGUAGAUUUAUGUAAAAUAGACUUUUAAGUUAACUUAUAAUUUUGUAUUUUUAUUAUGGAUGAGCAGAAUGCAUGUCUAUGGAUUUGAAGUGGCCUCCCAUGUAGUUUCAAGGACAUGUUUUUGUUUUAGGACAAUUCUUAUUCGUUAGAAACAAAUUCACUGGUUCAUCCUAUCAACAUUCAAAAGUUAAGAUGUAAGGUCUGAUUUUUGUAUUUGAAGAAUGGAAAUAAACACACAAUUUUCUUAAUUCA